AUGAAUUACAAAACCAAAGUUUAUUUAAUCAAACUUUUUCUUAUGACAGGCAAGCUCAAAAUAACAAACUUAGUGAAAUAGAAGCCUAAUUAAUUAAAGGUUUUAUAGGUAUAUAAAAAUUAAGGUAAAUAACUAAUGGAUUUGAAUAAGUUUGAUGAAGCCAUCUAGAUUUAUAUUAAUAUUUUAGAAUUAGAUUCUAAGAAUAUUGCUGCUUUAUUUGGUUAUGGUAAAAAAUUAUUCUAUAUAAGGUGAUACCCUAGUAAAGCUUUAAUAAUUUUAAUUGGCUUUAGAACAAUAUAGAAAAAUAAAAAAAUUUGAGAAAGAUUUAAUAGUUGCCUUUUUAAAAAUAGGUAACUCAGCUAAAAUAAUUAUUAGGGUUGACUUUAGGAUAAAUGGGAAAUAUUAAGUAGGCUUUGAAAUAUUUUAUCAAAACUUAAAAUGAAAUUAUGGAAGACCAUAAAUUAGAAUGGACAAGAAGUAAAUUAGUUAGAUUAUUAUUUUAAGAUAAGGAAAUAGAAAUUAAGGAAUUAUUGAAACAAGCUCUUCAAUAUUUUAGUAAUCAAAAUUUAACUAAUGAGGAGUUAUUAGUUUAUGGUACAAAUAUAUUAAUAAUUUCUUCAGCAUUUAUUUUAANCCAAGUGUUGA